AUGGAAUCAAGGUAUACUCUCGAACCCAGCAUCCACGGUCACGACGAAACGCCGAGCAACAACACCAUGGCCAAACCGAGCAGCUUCAGGGCAGUCUACAAAAUCGAGGACUCGCAGGAAAUCGACGUAGAUGUGUACUUGCCCCAGUCAAAGAAAGAAGUUGCGCCACAGAUCAAAUGCCCAAUAUGUAAUGUUCCUGAGAGGCCUACAAAGUAA